AUAAUCCCUUCCCUGGGUUCCCCACGACCUUCUUUCGUCUGGCUUUCGAAUUUAGUGUUCUUGUUUGGCGGCGUUGCGAUCAGCUAAGUUUUCUUCUCUUUCGAUCUCCGUUCGAUUUCGAUCCAAGAGAGUCUCGUUUCGUUUCCCUCUUUCCUGCUUUCGAUCCGCCUCUCUUCCGUUGUCAGAUCUGUCUGAGUUCGAUUUAGAUCUAGGGUUCUUUCGUUUGGGAUUUUGGUUGUUGGUUUUGGGGAUCGGGUGAUGAGUUAGGGGUCCUGUGAAAACACAAAUGAUUCUAGAUUUUCUAUGAGCUACGCGAUCCUAAUGCGUCGGAUUCGUAUUCUGCACUCCUUCUCGGUCGUGUUCCUCUACUGGUUCUAUGUUUUCUCAUGAAUUGAUCUCAUAAUCCUGCCUGAUCUGAUUCUUCGAUCGUGUUUUUUCGGAGAUAUUCGUUUGAUCUAACUCAAUUAUUCGUAGUUUAGGAAGCGGAAGAUAAAUCCUUUCUACAAUCUCAAAAUAAACUCAUUUUGCGUAUCUAGUAGUAUAAUAUUAUCGUUGAAUUUUGGGGAGAAAAACAAAGCAAGUCAGCACAUGGGAUCGGUGCAAAGGCAGAUGAGCUCGGAAUCAGAACUUGAUCCGAGGUACGCGACCAUAACGGACGAGAGGAAGAGGAAGAGGAUGAUUUCCAACAGGGAAUCUGCUCGGAGGUCUCGCAUGAGGAAGCAGAAGCAGCUGGAGGACCUGAGCAAUGAAGCGACCACUCUGAAGAACGAGAACUCCAAGGUCUCCGAGCAGAUUGGGGCAGCUACGAGGAGGUACACCGAUAUGGAGGCGCAGAACAACGUUCUGAGGGCGCAGGCGUCGGAGUUGACAGAUAGGCUGAGGUCGUUGAACUCGGUGUUGGAGAUGGUUGAGGAGAUGAGCGGGAUGGCUCUGGAUAUUCCUGAGAUCCCUGAAUCUAUGCAGAACCCAUGGCAGAUUGCCUGUCCAGCGCAGCCGAUAAUGGCGUCUGCUGAUAUCUUUGAGUUCUGAUGGAGCUCGGAGUUGCUUCUGGGCCGUGGAGUAGUCGUCCUAUGUCUUUGCGAGUCUAAAGCUUUGGUUUUUUUUUGGUUAAAAUAUCGUCUGUUCUUUCUCUUUGCGCCUCUGUGGUAUUUUUCAGUUUAGGUAAUGAUGGGUCGAUUCAGCAUUGUGUGUUCUACUGGAUUUGGAAAUCGGUAAAUGUCAUCAUGUGUCAGCCGAAUGCAUAUCUAUUUGCAUCUUUUAGGGGUUUGUUUGCAAUUCUUUCUGUCAAGAAACUGGUGAGCCAACUAAAUUGGAUCCAUCCAUUCCAGUGAUCAAGUAUCA